UGUUUGGAUUUUUGUUUUUUAAUGUAGGGAUAAUGAUGAGACAGCAAAAGAAGGGAAAGCACCUGUGAAAGAGAAGUUCGUUGCAAAAGCGAAGGCAAUCCCUUCUCUUGGAAACAAGAAUAGAUUCCACCCCUAUGCAAAGGAGAAGAAUGCAGGCGCUGGGGACAAGAAGGCUGUUAAUCGCAAUAGAGUUUUUAUUAGCAACAUCCCGUAUGACAUGAAAUGGCAAGCUAUUAAAGACCUGAUGAGAGAGAAAGUUGGUGAGGUUACAUACGUGGAGCUGUUUAAGGAUGCUGAAGGAAAAUCAAGGGGUUGUGGUGUGGUUGAAUUCAAAGAUGAAGAAUUUGUUAAGAAGGCAUUAGAUACUAUGAACAAAUAUGAUCUUAGUGGAAGACCCCUGAAUAUUAAAGAGGAUCCUGAAGGGGAACAUGCUCGUAGAGCACUACAGCGUGGAGGAGGGCAGUUUCCAGGAGGACAUGGGCCUGAUGCAGCACCUGGAAUGAUGAAUUUACCACCUUCUAUUCUCAAUAAUCCAAACAUUCCUCCUGAGGUUAUCAGUAAUUUGCAAGCAGGCAGGCUUGGAUCCACGAUUUUUGUUGCCAAUCUUGACUUCAAAGUUGGCUGGAAGAAACUGAAGGAGGUUUUCAGCAUUGCUGGAACUGUGAAGCGUGCAGACAUCAAAGAAGAUAAAGAUGGCAAGAGUCGAGGAAUGGGAACAGUUACUUUUGAACAAGCAAUUGAAGCUGUUCAAGCGAUAUCUAUGUUCAAUGGACAAUUCCUGUUUGACAGACCCAUGCAUGUAAAAAUGGAUGACAAAUCAGUUCCUCAUGAAGACUUCCGUGUUGUGGACAGCAAGAGUUCACAAUUACCUCGUGGUCUUGGUGGCAUUGGUAUGGGACUUGGACCAGGUGGACAGCCCAUCAGUGCAACACAGCUGAACAUGGGUGGUGGAAUGGGGAGCAUGGGUCCAGGAGGUAUGGGAAUAGACGGCCCAGGAUUUGGUGGAAUGAGUAGAAUGGGAGGCGGACUUCCUGGAUUUCGUGGAAUGGAAGGAAUGCCUAACAUGGGAGGAUUUGGAGUCAACCGAAUGGGAGAAAUGUUCCGUGGUGGAAUGGGAGCAAACAUGGAAAGAGAAUUUGGUCGUGGUGACAUGGCAUUGAACCGUGGUUUUGGAGAGUCUUUUGGAAGGAUGGGUGGUGCAAUGAUUGGUGUUUUUGCAGGAGGAAUGGGAGCACCUAGCAUGGGCCCAGUAAGAUCUGGAAUGAGUGGUGGAAUGGGUGGUAUGAACAAUAUGGCUGGAGGAAUGGGAAUGGAUCGGAUGGGUUCCGGUUUUGAUCGAAUGGGACCGGCCAUGGGUGGAGGCCUGGACAGGAACAUGGACAUCGAUCGAGGAUUUGUGCCUGGCCCGAUGGGAGGUGGCAUGAGAGAGAGAUUAGGCUCUAAAGGCAACCAGAUAUUUGUGAGAAAUCUUCCUUUUGACUUGACCUGGCAGAAGCUAAAGGAGAAAUUCAGUCAAUGUGGUCAUGUAAUGUUUGCAGAAAUAAAAAUGGAGAAUGGAAAAUCAAAGGGCUGUGGAACAGUCAGAUUUGACUCACCAGAAUCUGCUGAAAAGGCCUGUAGGAUAAUGAACGGCAUAAAAAUCAGUGGCAGAGAAAUUGAUGUCCGCUUGGAUCGCAAUGCGUAAUUUAAAACUGUGUGUUCAGGAACAUUCCUAUGUCUGUUUAGCUUCUCUAUCUUAGUAAGUCAUUUUUAGUAACAUUGUAUGCUUACAAAAGCUGUAAAAAGGAACUUUUAAAUCCCACCAGCCUUUAACAGUAUAGUGUUUAAUAUACUGUGAUACUUGUUAACUGAAUCUUACUAUGUUUGGUUUUUAAAGACAAUUUGCCUGAUUUUUGUUGUUUUUUUAGAGGCACUGAGCACCUGCAGGUCCCUAUAGACUGUGGAUGCUUUGGAUGCUCAGUGUCUUUGGAAAAUUAGGCCAAGUGUCUCUAGUCAUUCAGUUUAAAUGAAUGGUUAUACUGUUUUUAAUAAAAUAAGCCAUUUUCUCUGUUAAUCUCCAGAUUGCAUAGUGGGAUUUAUUUAGUGUUUUCUGACUUUUUUUUUUCCCCCUCCAAUGUGUAUCAACAUUGUAAUGUAAAAAGUAGAUGUCUUUUUCAGAAUUUUGGUUUUAUAUGUGUGUUGUAGUCAUACUGUAAUUCUUGACUCUAAAAGAAAGGGCUCCAAUUAGGCUGUGAUGUUUUUGUUCUACUUAAUAUUACUUUAAUGACAUGAUUUAGUUCUGUAUAUAAGAUUUAGAGCCCAAUGGGAGUUUGGAGUUGGUUUUUUUAAUUUUAUUUUGACUAAAUGAAGAAACUGAUCUUUUUUUCCUGCUUUUAUUUUUUUCAUCAGCAUAAUCACUGAUUAAAACUAGUUACCACAGACCCUUGUAGGAUUGUUUCCUAUGAUGCCAAGUUCAUAUAAAAUUGAUAAUACAGUAAAUACUAAGUACAGGACAAAACAAAUAGUUCCCAAUUUUUUAUCUAUUUUCCAGCCAUUCAGGUGAACUGCCAGAAAAAUAAAACCAACAGAACAGAUAAGAGAAAUGGCUGUGUAUGUCAGACCACUGCUGUUCACUUCUAUGGGUCCUGAUGUAUUUAUGAAGGCAGUUUUUAUAAACCAGGGUAUUCCCAAGCAGAGCAUGUCAAAUACAUUGGAUCCUACAAUGUUAGACAUAGCCAUAUCUCCAUUUCCUGUAAAGGAACAAAUACAAAUAAGUUGGCUUAAUUGUAUUGCAUGAAAUUGCCAAACUGUUUUGGAGGAACAGACUGCCAGCCCUCAGUUUCUCACAGAGCACCCUUUCCAGAUUUUGCAUCAGAAGAACUAUAGUUACGAUUCUACAGAACAUGGGUACCACAACCAUAAAAAGUCUCCCUAAAUCACCAGCAUCUGCACAGUUGCACUUAAAAUUAAGCUAGACAGGCUAUUAUAAAGUCCAGUUAUGAUUAAAAUACCGAGACCUACAGUUGCAUUCUGCAGUAAAACUGUAAUACUUAAUCAACAUCAAAUAAACCAAUCUCAAAUACUUCUCUGA